UUGUUCUUUUUCAAGGUCGGUUACUUACAAAGAAAAGGUUUUUCGAUAAUAGGUUUAUUAGACCCUCUGUCUCCAAUGAGGGCAAUGCGACAAAUGUUGGAUAGAAUGGAUCGACUGUUUGAGGAUUCUGUGACAUUCCCAGCGGCAGAGGUGCGUGCCCCAUGGGACAUCAAAGAUGACGAAAAUGAAAUUAAAAUGCGCUUUGAUGUUCCCGGACUCUCCAAAGAAGAUGUCAAGGUCUCUGUGGAAGAUGAUCUCCUUGUUAUCAAAGGAGAGCACAAGAGGGAGGAAGGUGGAGAUGAUUCUUGGUCGGGAAGAAGUUACAGUUCCUACGACACUCGUCUUCGUCUCCCUGAUAAUUGUGAAAAGGAUAAAAUCAAAGCAGAGAUGAAGAAUGGAGUUUUGUUAAUCUCCAUUCCUAAGGUCAAAGUAGAGCGCAAUGUGAUUGAUGUGGAAAUUCAGUAAAAAUUAUAGAUUUAUUUUUGCUUGGUUUUGUGGCUAGUGUUAUGAUAUUUUAGGCUUGUAUUGGCUGCUUCCUUCAUUACAAUGUGUAAAAUUGUGUAUAAGAAUGAUAAAUAGCAAUUAUAUAUUGCUCUACAUCAAAAUGUAUACGAAGUUUUCUC